AAGCGUGAAAUGGCCUCUCAUAUUUAAAUCGUAAAACGUAAUAAGGAAUGAGAUUUAAAAAUAGAUUAGAAAAAAAAUGAAUACAUAUAAAAGUUACCGGAAAAUUAAAGUUAUGAUGGCUAAGUUAAAUAUUGUUCAUGUCAAAGACGGCGAUCACCACGACAAAGAAAGUAAAAAAGGAUGACCCCGACGUGAUUUGAACACGCAACCUUCUGAUCUGGAGUCAGACGCGCUACCGUUGCGCCACGAGGUCCUAACCAUAGAUGUAUCGGAAAUGUCCGAACCAUCGGUUGACGAAAAGAACACGCCUGCAAAGAGUUACAUUGAAUUCCGUGUACAGUUAAAAAGAAAAGACAUUCAGGACCUUCUCGGAGAGAUAGACCAACUAGAAACGAAGAAGCUCAGAAACGUCAAGUUGCUGCAGCAACUAAAGUCGGAGCAGGACAACCAGAUGCGUCUACUCCUGAAGCAGGUGAAAGAGCAGGAGAAGAAACUGGCGCAGAAAGAACUGGCGCACCUGAAACAACUGGAACAGGACAAAGACGCGGCACUGUCAAAGAAGGCGGAGGUGGAAGACGUCCAGAGGAGGCUGAGCGACGUGGAGAGGCAGGUCUCGGAGCGGCUGGCCCAGUGCCAGGAGCUGCGGGACUACAGGGACAGGGGCGUCCAUCAGCACCAGGCCCAGAUCACACAGCUGGAGGAGGAGCGCGAGCGCAUGCAGCUGGACGCCGCCGCCGCCGCGGAGCACAUAAAGAGCCAGCUGUCACUGACCCUAAGGAUGAUAGAGAUGGGGACGGCCCAAGCCAUCAAGGACAACAGACUGGCUGAAGAGAUGAAAAAUAACGAGCUCAACAUAGACGAGUCGCAAAGAGCGGCCCACAGAGAUAAUGAAUGGCUACGAGAAAAGGUUUCGGCCUACAGGGAGGAAGUGUCGGCCCUGGAGCUGUCCGUGCAGGGUAUGGAGGAGGAGAACGUUGGCCAUUGUGAUUGGCUGUUUGACCAACGCCUCAAACGCCUCAGCAUCUCCCGGCAAUAUACUACUAGACCUGGGUCAAAACCGGGUUCAGACCUGCGAGAAAGCACCAUUCUGAAUCCAACGUCAGUUGCAGGAUGUGGCGCCGCUGCAGCCAGGGACCGUCUGGAAGGGGAUGAAAUAGACAGCAGCUGCAUUGGAUCAGCGACUCCCGACCAGCUGAGGCCUCGACACAACUUGAGUGUUGGCGAGCUGCAGCAGGGGCUUCUGACCGUGGUGGGGCAGACUGCGCCGCUGCACCUGCCUCCCACUGAGGACCACCGAUGGGACGGGGGCAUGACCUUCAGCAGCACGGAGGUGGCCAGCAAACCCCUCACCAUCAGACAGCUAUGAACCCAAUACACUUGGUCAUUCAUUGGCGCCAUCUAGAUCGCUUGAGUUGCAUUUCAUUCUUUAAUCAAACAUUUAUUAAAAACAUUUGCAAUUUUUACUUGUUUUUAAUCAUGAGUAUCAAAAUGAUAUGGCAACCAUGUUGCCAGAUCAGAACUAAAACAUGGAACAGACAAAAUAAAUACCAAGACUUCAAGAAAUAUAUAUUUGAGAAAUAACUACAGAAAAGAGGAAUUGUGGAAGCUUGCACUUUAUUAAAAAAAACACAACCCAAAAAAACAUAUCUAUAAACUGCCGCAAAUGUGUAAAACAAAAGAAAACAAACCCCCAUCGUGUCACCUUCGUGUUCGGCCCAUAGUACUAUCAUCAGCCCCGUCUCUCGUGUUGCAGGUCCAGAUUUUAUUUACACAGAGCCCCGAUCAACAGCGCUCCACCCUGCCUGCAACACACCUGUUAACCACUGCAGCCACACACACAACCACACACAGCCACACACACAGGCUCCCACAUACUGAGGUUGGACAGCCAAGCAGCGUUGUUAAAUGAAAAUACAUGGUUUGCUGAAAGCGUUGAAAACAUACAUGUGGAUUCCUUUCAAAUGCAACUUAUUGUUUAUUUUUUUUAUUCUUCGGGUUGGUUCGUUUUAUUUACCUGCGAUGAAAUUCUUCCCAGUUUAAAAUUAACUCACCGGAUCGAUAGUGAGCAAUUUUUUUUUUCAUAUAGUAUCUUUAUACAUCCUCAACGUGACCCAAUAGAACUAUACAAGGCAUCAUGCGAAUACAAGGAUUAUUUUGUGCCUCAACAGCAAAAAAGUGUCGUUUUUCCCCUCCCUCAAACAUUAUAUUAUUUUCUCUUUUUUUAACAGUCAAAAUAUUAAAUUCUAGAAUCAUUCAUACCAGAGACCUGAUGCCCUUCCUCGAUGCAUCGGGACAGGGUGAUGUCAUUUGUUCAAUUGAAAAAAAUAAAAUAAAAAUAAUCUCAUGGGCUCUGCAGGGUAAUCAUAAAUAAAUACAAACAAGGAA